AUGGUAGGGGAUAAUGAAAGAUGGAUAAUUGGUGAUGGGAAGAAAAUAAGUUUCUGGUUCGAUCGGUGGGUGAAUGGGCAGCGUAUAUAUGAUGCCAUAGCUCCUUAUGUCACUAACCCAAGGCUGUUGCAGGACAAAGUUGCCGAUUAUAUUGAUGAUGGGGAGUGGCGAUUACCAACCCCUAGAUCACUGGAACUGCAAGAGGUAUGCAAUCAGAUUUUGCAGGUAAAGCUUCCAACUAUUGAACCCGAGGAUAAAAGGGUGUGGGCUUUGUCGGAGUCGGGUGUAUUUUCAGUUAAGUCUGCAUGGGGAGGCUGCGUGCAAAGGAACCUCAGAGUAGAUGCUCAAGGCUGA